CCAAAAUUUGUACAUACUACAAUAUCGCACAGUUGUCGACUAGCUACAAAGAGAAGCAACAGGAACUUGAAAUGUGACACCUCGUGACAUUAUUAUGUCACGGAAAUGUUCACGCUUUCCGUCACGGGACGACUUCCGCAAUAAGGUCAGAAUCAACUUUCACUCUCCACAAAUGUUGCUUCAGCUUCAAGACAGUUCAGAACAGACGAAAUCGUUCGAUUGGUUAUUUCGACAUAGAUCAUAAUUCCUUGUUUUGGUCUGUAAGCUUGACAGUCGUAUUGAUCAGGCUUGGGAAAGUUUUCGGAAAACGUGGCCUUUGUUUUGGUUAAAGCAAAAACAAAAAUUCAAGUCUGGAGAGGAGGCCAGAUCCCGCGAGAAUGAAUGAAAAUCAUGACAUACUGGACGGCAAACCGUUCAAAGUCAUCGUUUUUGGCGAAGCAGGUGUCGGAAAAUCCGCUUUGAGCAUUCGAUACGUUUGCCAAGAGUUCUCGGACGCCUAUGACCCAACAAUAGAGGAUAACUACGAAAUAGAUAUUGAGGUGGAUGGAUGCCCGAUCAAAGUUGAAGUGGUUGACACGGCAGGAAACGACGUGUUCCGGCGAAUGAGAGAUCAAUACAUAAAAAGUGGGGACGGAUUCUUAUUGGUUUAUUCCAUAACAGACCGCUCUAGUUCCACUGCAAUCACGUCUUUCCAUGAACAGAUCGUUGCUGCUAAAGGAAAAAAGGACAAAAUCAUACCUCAAAUCCCCAUUAUUUUGGUUGGAAACAAAAGUGACCUAGAUGAUGAAAGAGAAGUUUCAUAUCAGGACGGGAAAAAAAUUGCUGCUACCUUAUGUUGCUCAUUUUUUGAAACCUCUGCCAAGAACGACAUUGGUGUAGAUGAAGUAUUUGCCAACUUGGCAAAAAAAAUGAGAGAAUCUAGAGCGAACUCUGUCCGGAAAGCUUUCAUAAGAGAUCGACAUAGAUUCUCUUUGCGAAAUCUGUCGCUAAAAGAGAAGAAAUGUAAAGAGAAGCUGCAGGCCUUUAGGGCAGGUGAGACAAAGUCCAAACUAUCUAAGAGGUCCAAUGGAAGAUUUAGGGGACUUAUUUGCGGCGCAAGAAGUCUGGAUACCAUUGAUGGUUAGAACUCUGUGAUACAGAUAUCUAUUAAAAAUCUUUUGACAAAAAUAUCUUUCCAAACCAAUAAGGGAAUUUGUAGUACGAUGUACCAUGAAGGAUUUUAAGUCAAAGGUUAGAGAACUACAACUUUUCAUUGGGAUCUUUAUUAGUCUAUCGACGCACGACCUAAAGAAGGUUUCAGAGCCUGAUAUACAUGAAAGAAAAUAAAGCAAUCUAAAAUUGAA